AUGCCAAAACUUUUAUAUUCAUGUAAAAAAGAAAAGAUUUCACACAGUAAAUCAAGUAUAAAGAAAAUGAUCACAAAUUAUCAUCGUCAUUUAUUUUUAUUAACUAUUGUUGUUAUUUUUCUUGUACUAUUCCCUAUAGUCAAUUGUACAAGUGAUCAAAUGAAGGCAAGAUCAGUUGAAAAGAAAAUGCAAACAACAGCAAUAAUAAGAAAUACUUUAAAUAAUAUAUUAGAAGAAGAAAGAUUAAAUAAUGAUUCUGAAGAAGAACAUUUAAAUAAUGAUUCUGAAGAAGAAAUCAAACAUCUUCUUGCAGAUAUGAUGAAAAUUUAUCCAAAACGUCGUGCAGCUUUAUUUCAUGCUAUGCGAGGAAAAAGAUCUACUAACAUUACUUAA